UCGACAUUCCAAACUUUCAGAUUUUUCUACAUUUGCCAUUUUAGGUUGUAUUUUCUAAAAUCGCCUUAAAACUUAAACGUCUGUCUCCAGGAAAUUGUAAAAUGUCUGGAACAGAGGGAGCAAAUUUCAGUGAUAUUGAAAAUCUUUGCGUCGUUUGCUUUAAAAAUGUAGAUCUUUAUUCAAUAGGAUCCUGCGAUCAUGCUGUCUGUUUUGAGUGCUCAACUAGGAUGAGGGUUCUCUGUAAGCAGAAUGAAUGUCCCAUAUGCCGACAAUUACUACUUAAGGUUGUUUUUACUAAAACCAUUGAACCAUUUGCAUCUCUGUUUCCAAAAUUUGAAAGGUCAAAUUUACAAGAUCGCAAAUUUGGCAUUUAUUUUUGCACUUCUGACAUUCAAAAAGCUUAUUACAAACUUCUGGAACACCGUUGCAUGAUCUGUGAGGAAAAUGAAAGGAAAUGGCCUUUCAAGACUUUCCAACAACUCAAAGAUCACAUGCGCAGGGAGCAUGAACUUUUCUAUUGUGAUAUAUGUACAGACAACCUUAAGAUUUUUAGUUUUGAAAAACGUUGUUACACUAGACAGGAAUUGGGACUUCAUAGACGGAAAGGAGAUCCAGAUAAUACUUCCCAUAGAGGACACCCACUUUGCGAAUUCUGUGAUGACAGAUUCAUGGAUAGCGAAGAGCUCUUUCGGCAUCUUCGCAGAAAUCACCUCUUCUGUCAUUUUUGCGAUGCCGAUGGAAAACAUCAGUUUUAUAAUAACAUGGAAGACUUGAUCAGACAUUUUCGAGAAGAGCAUUAUUUAUGUGAAGAGGGAGAAUGUAAAGCCAUGCCAUUGACUGCAGUUUUUAGAACUGAUAUUGACUGUAAAGCUCACAAAGCGUCAGAACAUAGCAGAUUUAUGAGUAAAUCUGGUGCCAAACAAGCAAGAACUUUGGAAUUGGAAUUCACUUUGGCGCCCAGAUCAAGAACUGACAAUAUGAGGAAUCGACGUUAUAAUGGUGGACGAGAGAGGUUGGAUGAAGAUAAUUCCUCAAGUAUCUACAACAUGGAACCUGGUGGGCCAGGAGGGGGCGGCGAAGAGGAUAGGGGUCGAAUUUUCGUAAACCCCCUUACACCUCAAAAUUUUCCCGCCCUCGGCGGAGCUACAAGUAACAUUACCGUACGUGCAAGACCGGCGUCUGUUAAUUAUACAACGAGAAUGAAUUCUAAUUUUUCCAAUGAUGAUUUUCCUACUUUAGGUGGAGGAGGCCCAAAACCUUCAUCUGCGGUGACAAUAACCACAAAUUCAUCGUCAAGAAACAACAAAGCUCCAGAAGUAACAAUUACUAGAACUGUUAGAGGCCAAACCGGCAUUGCAAAAACAGUAGAAAAUUUUCCUGCAUUGGCCGGGCCUAGUUCGAGUUCUGGAGGAAGAAGUACAGUAAGAUUAAGUGUCAACAACAGUCAUGAUAUGAACACGCCGAAAGUGUCCAUUCAGGUGAAUCAUAGACCGAACGGCAGCAUAACUACUCAUAUCACCACAAGUGCCUCUACAUCGGCCCAACAAAGAUCCUCGGAUGCUUUCCCUGCCCUAGGCGGAGCAUCUACAGUAGCGCAACCAAAGUGGGUACCGGUAAAACAAAAGAAGGAACCCAAAAUACAAAAGGUAGCCGCCGCUCCAAACCUGCCGCCCAGUACACUAGAGCAGUUUCCUACUUUAUCGAAAAAGAAGAACUCCGUCGCCGGGCCCGUAUCUAACAAUUGGGUCAACCUAAACCAUUUUAAUAGUGCAAAUUCUAAAACUAGUACUAGUAAUAAUAAUUUAAAUAGUAAUUUGCGAAGUGAUAAUUUUAAAGAUAGUGAUAGUAAUAUUAAGAAAAGUGAUGUAAAACCAUCUAGUUCUAAAAAAAAACAUUCGACCGUCGAGUCUAAACUAAGUGACCUCAAAAUCAACGACAUCUAUGAAUCGAAAAGCAAAAACAAAAAGAAAAAAGGCAAAAACGCUGAUGAAGAACCAGGUAGGUCUAAGUCUGAGGAAAAGGAUAAUUUAAAUUGCAAUAAUGAUGAAACAAAUUUAAGAAACGGAAUGGUUAAGAAACGUUCUGAAUUGAAAAUAGGAACUCUAACGAAUUCCGGAGAUCUUUCGAUGGUCGCCAGCGAUUUUCCCUCCUUGGGAGAAACGAACACUAGUCCUCCUCCUGGUUUUAGUGUCAAACCUCCUCCUGGUCUUAGUCCUAAUGCUUUUCCAACUUUAGGUGUGGCAAGCGAUUUUACCUUUACUUCGAGCAGCGGCCAAAGCUAUUCCAUCAUGCCCGUUAGCACUUAUCAUCAACCUGCCAAUUUUCAUUCUAGAAAUCAAAAUUUGAUCAAACAAUUCAUGACGAUCUUGAACAAUGAUGCAAUAAAAGAAUUCAAGACUUAUUCCGACCUCUUCAGAAACAGCGCUUAUCCGAUUACUAAAUAUUACGAAUAUUGCAAGGAGGUUCUGGGAGAUAAAUUUGAUGACGUUUUUCCUGAGUUAUUGGUACUGUUGCCUGACAUAGAAAAACAACAGGAAUUGUACAGGGUGUUUGACGGUAAAACUAAAAAAAACAUGGUGGUUUGCGAGAAUUGUAAACAGGUUAUUUUCAAUAAAGAAUUGAGCGAACAUUAUAACAAUCACGUUCUAGAAAAUCAGUUUCCUAUGCUGGGAAAAGCUCAGCAGAUUAAUAAUAGCUCUUGGCGAAAAUAAGUUGAGUUUUUGUUUUAUUUAACCAGUAAGUUAUUUUUGUUUUUUGUUUCAUAAAAAGUAAAAUAGAAUUGUGUUAAAAAUACAUAAAAUUAUUUAGAAAAAUUGUGUUGGUUUCCGAUGUUUAAGAACUAUGAAUAUUGAAUAUAAAAUUUAUUUAAAUUGUAGAAUUCUGAUUAUAUCAAAAGUUAUUUUUGGAUGGUUCAGGUGCUUCGGAUUUAGUUUAGUAAUAUUGAUAAAUUUAAAAUAAGACUGGUUUGAGAGACAUUUUCAAAAAAUAGAAAAAUUAUUGAUUUUUAUUUGGAAAUGAGUUUUCUUUAUAACAUGAUUCACAUAUUAUUUGAUUUUAAAGAAUUGAAGUUUUGAUACUUUUUUGACCCUCUUUAAUGUAAACUGGUUUUACUUAUGACAAUACCUACAGUUUUAAUCAAAAUUUACCGCCCGCCUGAAUAGGCUAAAUUUAUUUACUAUUGGCAACGCUGCAUUUAUAAAAUUGUCAAUUAUCAUAUUAUCAGCAAAUUAAAAAUAUACAGGGUGGGCUUCGGUAAUUGCUUCGGUUUUCACAUGUAUAUUAGAAAAGGCAACAAUUUUAAAAUAAUUUCAAUUAUACAGGGUUCUCCAGGAAAGUGAUACAUAUCAAAAUUAAGUUUUUGUAUAUUUUAAUUGCACUUUUCUCAUUAUAACAAUACCAAAUGGUACGGGAUUAUACAGAGUAUUUCACAUGCUAUAACCAGUUUAGGAUGAAAUGGCCUGUAUACUGCAAAAGAAACAAUUGAAAAAAUUUUUUUGUGGGAACAGUUUUUCGAUGUUAGUCAAUAUUUAUACAGAUACACUACUUUUUUAACACGCUUUUAUUAGCUUCACAUGUAUGUAUGUAUGUUUGUAACUCUCCUUUUGACUAAAAGCAAGUAGCUUAUUACUGUCAGUAUAUCCCACCACCUCAAGUUCGUUCGUUGGCCGAGCGGUCUAAGGCGCGGGUCUUCGCUCACGCCAGACUCACCGAUCGGGGGUUCUAAUCCCGUCCACGGCUAAAAAAAAAAUAAUUGUUUUUUUUUUCAGCCAUUUUUUUUAAUAAUUAAUCGAACUAAAAAGUAAAAAAUAAAUAUAGUUUAAAAAACUAAAGAAACGCGCUUUUAUAAUACUUCGAACUAAAAAGUGAAAAAUAAAUAUAGUUUAAAAAAACUAAAAAACACGCUUUUAGAGCAUAUCAAACUAAAAAAUUAAAAAUAAUUUUUCAAAUAAGCUUAAAACAAUAAUAAAUGGAAAAUACUAGUAUUAUUGUGAAAAAAGC